CCAAACUACCACCACGAGCGACAUUGCGAUAUAAGCGGAUCCGAGUUCUUAAAGACACACAGCAACCUCUUCUUCUCUUUCUCCCGUCCUCCAACUCCGGUCCACCACAAAAAAAGUGCAACAAUGGUCACCAGCAAGCUGGCGUUGAGCUCCCUCUUCCACACGAAGGCCAAGGAGGAUGCUCCGGCGCCGUCACCUCCCCGUGACCCGGGCGCCGCGCAUGCAUGGGCGUGGCCGUCAUGCAAGGUCCCAAGAACAGAGUCCUUCCACGCCGCGCCACCGCCGCCCGGCGCACGGACGCUGGCCUCGAUCUUCCUCGAUUCCGGCGAGAGCUCCUUCACGAACUCCUCCGCGCGGCGCGGAGAUGACUGCUCCGGCAGCAUCUCCACCACGGCGUCCGAGGCGUCGGCGGUGGGGGGUGACGACACGGCAGCCGUCGACGACGACGCCGAUAUCGUGGGGGGCCUCCUCCGCUCCUCCGACCGGCUCCUCUUCGACCCGGUUGCGUCGGGCGCCACGAGGUCCAUACUGGAGGAGAAGCCGGUGGAGGCGUUCGCCGGCGGCCUGGCGGUGGCGUUCGAGUCGGCGGACCCGUACCGGGACUUCCGGGCGUCCAUGGAGGAGAUGGUGGCCUCGCACGGCGUCGAGAGCUGGGGCUGGCUCGAGGAGAUGCUGGGGUGGUUCCUGCGCGCCAAUGGCGAGGAUACGCACACCGCGAUCGUGGCGGCGUUCGUCGACGUCAUCGUGUCCAUCGCCGACCCGGCCCGCGGCGGCUCCUGCUCGUCGUCCCAGAGCUCCUCCCGCACAUUCAUGGACGGAGAGUAAAAUAACCCUAAUUCGGUGUGUUAUGGUUAACGUGUGUGUGAAAUUUGUCGAAGUAGCUAUGAUGGCAGAGUGUACGUAGUACUACAGGAUCAUGAGUAGACGGUGUACGCGUACUAGCUCCAGAAUUAACUGACCACUUUUGUACGAGUUGUGGGCAGGUUUCUGAAUGAAAAUUACCUUUAUCUA